ACAACUGUCAAAGUCUUUGGUAAUGUCAAAACAUGUGAAAAUAAAAUAAUAACCUCAAAAAUAUUUCCCAUUAUCCAAAAGCGUUUGUAAACAAAAAAAUAUUGUAGUAAUGGUUAAAUUGGUCUAAAAAUAGUUCCAGAUUACCAUAAUGUCGCUGAGCUUAAAACCUUUUAGGUUAUAUCGACCUGUUUAUGCUAUUGGUCGGCAUUACUCUGAAGAGGAUAAGACCAGAUAUCAGAUUUUAGAAGCAGGACAAAAACCAAAAUUAGUUCACGGUAAACCGUAUGCAGAAUGGAGGAAGCCGUGGAUACAACGAGACGGAGAGUUCAGAAGCAAACUGUCAGUUUUUGUGGAAAAAAACCCAAGUCCUGACAUUCUUCGCUUUAUGUCACAAUUACCUAAUUUAAGUACGAAAUCAAUUAAAAACUGGUGGUUGGACAUGAAAGAACUUCAAGAUAUUGAGAAUCAGAAAUACUUACCCAAAAGAGUUGCCACCCUCGGAUCAAAUUUGGCUGCAGCACAUUUCUUUACAUAUCGGAACUGUGCAAUCAGGUUGAAAGAUUCAAAAGAAUGGAUAUCUGGUGACGCAACUACAUUGAAUCUUCCCGAUCGCUAUGUUAAUGGAUACUUUAUAGAAGCUGUAGACUGUUCUAACUUCCUCCAUGGAGGAAUCCGAUACGAAGGUCUACAGAACUUGUCCAACCUUAGUUAUUUGAGAUGGUUGAGUUUAAAGAACAACAAAUUAGUGGAUGUUUGGGGGCUUGAUCGAGUAGCGGGUCAAAAUGGAGAUAGCUUGGAAUUCUUAGAUAUAAGUGGUAUCAACUUAUGUGUAGGUUGUGUCUUUGCCCUCGUUAAGAUGCGCUCUUUGAAGUAUGUAGUUCUGACGGAUCCUGGUGACAACCUCAACUUGCAGGCGGCUAUCUCAAUGCUGGAGCAGGAGCGACCCGACUUGUUGAUAAACGCUAUAUAGCUAGAACAUUAUGUUUAUAUAGCAAAUUAUGUUUAAUGUAAUUGUUGUUAGUGAAUAAAUUAUUUGUUACCAAAA